CCAUCGGUGCAGGACGACCUGCCCCCCGGCCUGGUCCGGACGCUGCACUGCUGGGAGCGUUGAACGUGGUGGCGGGCGAUCGAGGCUUGCGUGGGGGCAAAGCGACUGUCCCUCACCACACCCUCCUGCUCGUGUUUGGAUCGAUGGCCACCCUGCUGCUGCAGAUUAGCGGUUGUUUAUCCUGCAUCAUCGGCUCAUCGCCAUUUGGGAGGCACCUCCUCUUGUUGGAAGAUUGGCGUACAGGGCGCCAGAUGAUCUGUUCCUCGCAAUUUUAAUGCCGGAUCUGUAUCAGAUUCCGUAAACUAUUGGGGAUGAAAUCGGCGAUGUCGCUUUGCUUGCUUCUUUGGAGACAGCUUGUCAACCUUUGGAGAAACCGGAGGGGCCAUGAGGAGGGCUGUUGCUAUUAUAUCAGCCGGUACUGUACUGUCCAGAAUCCAAUCAUAACGCACCUGCAGGAAAAUGGGAAGUGUGUGAUUUACCCAUCUCACGUGGCCUUGGCAUUACUUGUGUGCCGUGUCUUGCCUGACUUGCUGUCGCUGGGGCUACAAGUUCCCAAACGCCAAAGUAAAUCUUACACUGAAAUGGGAAACAAGAUCAAGAUUGGACCUGCGCCAGAGAUCCCCUUCUCCAAUUUCCAACAAGUUCGCGAAUCAGGCCUAAACUUUGACCAAGAUUCAAGAUCCAGUCCAGCAUACCCUGCCUGAUUUCAUUGAGUAAUUGCCCGUUGAAGGUAUCGAUCGGCAACAUGGCAACCACAUCAUUGGAACCCAGUGAGUUGAGUUCAUCAUCCGCAGCUAGCACACAUCGAGAUACUGCAUGCAUGGGCUCAUCAACCGGGGGUGUUUGUGAAGUGUGUCCAAGUGUAUGAUAUCAUAUCAGGGGCAUGCAGGGCAGCGUAUAGUAUCCUAUUGAAGCGUGACCACGAGGAGGCAGCCACGCCGCAGCCGGCACUCGGGUCCGGUCGUCCUCGCAGCUCAAUCAUGCAGCUCACCUGCCCAACAAUCUUUUCUCCGUGCACAUGAGCGGCUUGGUAUCUUAUGCAGGGGAAUUGAAUUGAAUACCGGGGCGACGUCGAGAUAAGGGGACACAUGCUAAUGCCCCUUGCUUAUGUUAUUCCUGCGGCUCCGCUGCUUUCCAUGAGAGGCCACGUCUGUCUUGCCUGCUUGCUUCAUGCAGCUAGCAGCACUCUCUGGUGCAGAUGCAGGAGGGCUCGAUCGACAUGAUGGACGUGGAAAGCAAAUAUAGCAACCAGGCAUGUAUCUUUAAUCUUUAUACGUGUGGUGGUAUGUAU